AUGAAUCAAUUAGCUGCAGUCAACGCAUCAUUGCCAUUUCUUCAAAUGACAAACAAUAAUUGGUGUAUACCAUUGACUGAGUCAGUUUAUUUAUAUGGAUAUUUGAUACCAGCUAUUGCAUUAUUUAUAUUUGGCCUUACAUUUAAUCCAAUAGCACUAUAUUAUUUCGCUACAUCGCUUAAUUUUCGUCGUUCUGCUUAUUCAUACUAUUUUUCAGCGAUUGCUGUUUUUGAUCUUUUACGUCUUGCUGUUUGGUGUCUAUUUUUCGUACUUGAUUUCAAAAUAUUUAAGUUAAAUUUUUAUUCAUUUGAAUGCCCAACACAAAUAUUUACGGAAUCAGUUGCCAGUUCAAUUAGUGUAUGGCUUACCGUGUUAUUAACAGUUGAACGAUGUUUAGUUAUAUAUAAGCCAUUACAAACAUUUAAAGAGACAAGAAGAAAACGUACUUUUAUAGUCAUGAUUUGUGUCAUUUUUGCAUCAUGUGCUGCUAAUUCAUUGGUUUUACAGCCCGGUUUCUAUGUAAAAAGAGUAUAUCGAGAACUUAGCCAUACAAUAGUAUGUCACUAUGAACAAUCGUCAACAUCAAAUCAAUCGUAUUCUAAACAAUACUCAUUAUUUAGUCCAAAUACAAAGCGUAUUUAUUUGUUAAUAAUAGUUAUAUUUCGUAUUGUCAUUCCAUUUGUAUUACUUCUAACGGCAAAUAUAAUUCUGUUUGCUAGCGUCCAUAAAAUGUGGAAACAAUCAUCAAAAUUAACUUCAACAUUACUUAUUCGUCAUGGUCAACAUCGACGAGUUACACCGAUGAUAUUUUUUUCGUCAUGCAUUCUACUACUAACAGUUUCACCUCGAUAUCUUCUUCAAUUUUAUUUGAAUUUUUAUCAAAAACCUCCGAACUGUUUUUUAACACAUUUUGCUUCACAUUUACUCAAAAGUUUGGAAUUAUCUAAUUAUGCAUUUAAUGUAUUUGUUUCGAUUGUAAGUGGUAAACAUGGUCGAUAUGAACUAUUUGAUAUGUUAUUUUGUCGAUCUAUAUCAUCUCAAAAUAUUCGCUUUAAUAAUUGUUCAAAAUUAAUACGACUACCCACACCUCCAUCAGUAACAGCAUCGAAAGCUCAACAUAAGCAACGAUUUCAUUAUAAAAAUAAUGAAAUGAAUAACCCAGCAAAAAGAAAAAGAAAAAUUAAUAUUAAUGAUAGAUCAUAG